GGACCGUGCAACCUCCAGCUAUCAUCUUCACCUGGAGCAGGUACCCCGUGCUUGUUUUGGGGAACCCGCAAUUCACACUCCCCUCACAUCGAGCUGCAUUCCAUCAGGGGCGGCUUUCAUUCCAUUCUAGUCGUUCAGCCCCAUCCUUAACUGUCACCGUCAUCAUCACCCGCACUACACUGCACAUUGAUCUGGCUCUUCCUCAUCACCUCCUGGCCAUAUUUACCUCUAGUCAGCGACGACAACUGAUUCCGACACCAACGUAUAGGCACUCAGUCCUGAGUCUCCGUCCUCAACCUUCCUGCCCGGGCGGAUCUGAUGCACAGCCUCGCUCGUCCGCUGCGGUAGCUGGUGUUUGCGGCACCCCUGACUUGCCGCCGCCCCCGAGCCUUGGUGAUCGACACGACCGGAAGCUUCGGCUCGAUGCUGGAGUCCUGCCUCGCCCCAUACACACGAGAGCCUCACGCCGAGUGAAUGCAACCAUUAAACCCCUUCCUCGGCGCCUUCUUCAAAAGCUCGCUGCCGGCCCAAUGCAGUCCUGCCACCCACCACGUCCUGCUUGUCCCCGCGACUGAUGUGCUCCUCACGUCCCGCGAUGCCGAGAGCGGCGGCUCUUUGGCCGAGUCUGUCGCAUCCGAAGAGUUUCUAGCGAGCCAUGUGCUUCGCAUCCCUCCUCUCGCCAUAGGCAAGGAGGGUGCGCAGGCGCAGAACCUCUGUGAGAUGAGGGGCAAGGCGAAACAGUACAACACGGUGAAUAAUCGCAGCAUCGUGGUCAAGGACAACCUGGUGUACAGCAACAAAGGCUUCAAGAACCUCGCCCAUGCGACCCUCCUCGGCGAUGCGAUAUGGUAUUCGGACACGCUCGAACCCCGGCCAUGGCUGGUCUACUACAUCUCGCAACCUCUCGUCGGCUUCUGGGAGGAAGUCAAGAUCGUUCCCGCCAUUGUCCCUGGCCGUCCUCAGAUAGCCGUACUGCCAGAGCCGGCCGCUUCUCCAUCCUCGUCCAACGCUCGCAACGGCCCGGCUGCUCCGCGCAAAAAAGACAUCAAGAGCUUCCACGACCUCCUCAGCCACUUCCCUAUAAUAGCGCGGCAGAUGCAGCCCGGCUUGGAGAAGCUCCUUCGUGAAUUCACUACGGCCUUCGAGCGCCCUCUCCCUCCGCCCCCGUCGUCGCCGUACAUACCCGAUCCGGAGCCUGACGGUCCCAUCACAACAGCGAUUAAACGAGCGAGGUCAAACAGUACCUCUGCGAGCAAAAGCCCUGUCAUUGACGAAUCCAGUGCUAUACCCAACCCCGAAGACAUAUUUUCUGACGACGACGAGGAUGUCAUGAGAACCUCCCUCGAAACAGCCGUCACCGCCGCCAUCGAUCUAUUCCAAUCUGUGGAUAAACAGCAGCUCUCUCUCCUCGGGGCAACGACGGAUCUCACCGGGCCAGUGGCUGAGAGGCUGAUAGAGCGAUAUGUGGCGGAGCAUGUCCACCACGUCCUCUUUGUCAGACUUGUGGCGCUCAAGCAGCGGGAGGAUCUGGAGCUGGAUGCCAAGAUUCGCCAGAUGGGCUGUAUCGACAUGUCUCAGCUCGGACUGCCCAUCGAAGGUGGCUCGCGGGGGAGGCGCGAGCUCACGGCCAGGCUUGGACAGGCCGUGGAGGAGUUUAGAAAAAUCGUCGAUGCCCCAUGUCCUCAAGACAUGAUGGAGGUGCUCCUGUCGACCCUUAAAACGGUGACGUACGUGACAGACUCACCGCCACAGGCCGUCAGUCAUAGCGCUGGCUCAGCGCCCCCAGAAAAGCCGAUACUCACGAUAAACGCCGACACGCUCGUAUCCCUGCUGCUCUUUGUCAUUAUUCGAUCCAGGGUGCACCAGCUCCAGGCGCGGCUCUCAUACAUCCGACACUUCAUUUUUAUAGACGACGUUGAGAACGGCGAGAUGGGUUAUGCUCUGAGCACUCUAGAGGCCGUCUUGGUUUACCUGGAUCGAGACUCCGGGGCCCUCCGCCGCUCGAGCCGUCGCAACCAAUCAUUAUGGGACGCUGCAGCGAAAGGGGAUGUUCGAGAGUUAGGCAGGUUGAUGGAGCCGGGCGCCUAUGCAUCAUACAGCGAGGAGGUUGUGGAAUCUCCACCUUCCAGCCGACGCGCCUCCAGCAGCGACUUCUCUAUGUCCAACGGGGUACACUCUCGACAGUCGUGCGACAUCCUCUCCAUGUCUGAAAAGUUCUCACUGGGCUCCAGCCUUGCCCACGUCUUCCCGUUCCGCGCGAAUGGGGUUGAUGGCACCGGAAACUCUAGCUUGCUACCGGUGAAACGGGUCAAGAAGGUUGCCAUGGACAUGCGGAGCAUGUCUAGCGGAUCUGAGUUCUCCUUCCACUCCCGGGCUACUAGCGUCGGGACCCUAGGCAGCGUCUUCGAGGCCGACACGUCUAUGGAAACGCUGUCGCAAACACACAACCCCAGAGGCGAGUCAGUGCUCAUGAUCGCGGUGCAGAACCAGAGACAUGAUACGCUCGAGUAUCUCUUCUCACUGCCCGGCCUGUACACAGCCCAGUUCGUGCUUGACGACAGGAACAAUGAGGGAACCACGCUCCUUAGCGCCGCCGUGCAGUUGGGCCACGCGGAGCUCGUCAGGGUCAUCAUCGGCUUCCUUGAAAGCGCCGGCAUCGACCAGCGGGGCCUCACAGAGUAUUUCGCAGUGCAAGACAUAUGGGGUCGCAGCGUUGGGCACUACCUCUUCCAUGCGCCCUUCCUCAUCGAUGACUUUGGGGCAUUGGUGCCGUGGCGACAGAGAGACAAAAACGGGCAGACGCCCCUCUUUGCGCUUUGUCGGUCUUACGACCACGCCAUGUACCUCCAGAUGGUUGGCGGUGCCAUUGACGCGGCUACCUACUCCCAGGCUGAUGGACGGCCGCUUCACUUGGAUCAGCACGUCGACGCCAAGGGCAACACGCUGCUCCACAUCGUCAACAACGCUCAACUGGCACUCCGGAUCCUGCAGAGCUGCGACGUCGACGUGAAUGCAACGAACGAGAAACAAUUCACCCCGCUCAUGGUUGCCAGCAAAUACGGUCGCUUCGAGAUGGUACGGGCCUUCUACAGCGACCCUCGCAUCGACUUCGCGGCCAAGGAGCUGCGCGGACUGACGGCGGUCGAGCUGGCCAAGGACGACGACGUGCGGAACAAGAUCGAUGACCUCACGCUCUUUUCGAUGCCGGCUGGGCCCGACAUGCGGACCACAGCUGUGGUACGAGCCUACUUUGUCGAGGAUGCUACCAUCAGGUUUGUGCUCAAGUCCGGUGCACCUGUCGACAAGCACAGCUACGCCGUGACCACUUGCCGCAGGUCUCUUGCCGACUUUGAACAUCUGGCCAGCCUUCUGGCCAUGGAGAACCCGGCGUCCUGGAUACCGUCAAUCACCGGGCUCAGGUCUCCGUUCCAGCUGCCGUCCAAACCUAGCCGGGCAGCGCUCAAGGACCUGCAAAUGCGCAUGGACUGGUUCUUGCGCAUAAUGUUGACGCAUUCAACCUUUGCGACUCACGAGAUGUUGUGGGAGUUCUUUCUCGUGCCAGAUCUGCAGGCCGACAUGAUGGACCAGCGCAGCAUUCUCAAGGCCGAGACAAGGGCGGAAAAGGUCCGGGAGGAGCUGGAACCGCUGGACGAUGUCCGCGAGGUGGAGCGGUUCGUCGACCACGCGCUCGAAAUGGUCCGCAGCGUGGACUACUCGACCAAAAGCGUCGGCAGGCGGAUGAAUACUGUGGGCAUUGCUGCCACCGACUUUUUCACAUCAUGUCGCAUAUUCCAACGUGCGCUUGCCACGUUGAGUUUCUUGCCUGGGUCUCACCUUGCGGCAUUUGAGAUUUACGCCAGCGCCAUGGCGCCACCGACGAUCAGCCCCCAUAUGAGCUUUCAUGCCGCUUUUCUGGCGGUACAGUCAACAAUAGAAGCCAUAUUGGCGGCGCUGGCGCGACCGCACAAGCUGAUCAGCCAAAUCGAAAGCACGCGACGACAGGCCGAACGUAACUAUAAUUCCCUCAACCGGUCAACCAGGUGGCCUCUGGGCCUGCUGGACGACACGCGCCAGCGGAUGAACGAAGAACGUGAGGAGAAGCUGCGGCAGAGUCAGAUGGAAGGGAGAAACUUGUCCAAGGAACUCAAGUACAGUCAGCAGGUAGUGGCUGGAGAGUUAGCGGGCUGGCAAGACAUGCACGAGAAGGUGGGCCGGAAAGCUAUCAGAGACCUGGCCAGGGGCAUGGUCGUGAUGGAGCGGAUGAGGCUCGAGGGCAUCCGUAGGGCGCUGAGGAUGGUACAGGAGUCGGGGCGGUCAUCGGAAUCGAGCGGCUGGCCCUUGGGUCCUCCAGACCUCUCGGGGUCGAGCGCCCAGGAUUCACCAACAAGCGGUGAGGGCCGGGUAAUGGGAAAUGGUGUCGGGGAGCCGUGACCGACCAGGGGCGGUCCUCAUGGCCAGGCGACACAGUGACUAACGGACGCGCCUCAAAGGGACGCGUUACAUCAAGCAGCACGCGGCUAAUGGGUCCGACGAUGUGUCGGGCCCAGUCUUCGGCGGCGAACCAGCGAAGCCGGACCGGAGAGGUAGAUCAGGGAGGAUCACGUCGGAAGCCCACGCCGAUAUACCGAUAUCAUGUACUAAUUCGUGGCUGUAACGAGCUAGAGCCGGGCUGAAUACAAGCUGGAUUGGGGGCUCGGAGACUGUCACACAAGGUCGAAUACAAGACCUGCCGGCGUCCUGGGCUGGCAGAUGACUCCCUCGGUAGGUAGGUGCUCGCGAGGCUUGCAGGAGGGCUGGAGAUGCACAUGGGCGGGCGUGUUUCAGGGUAGACCAAGUUGGACAAGCAGCAAAUGCGGGCAUGGGAUCGCUUGGUGUGAGUCAGAGGGGAGCCCAUGGAUGUUGGUGACCGUAGAGGCAGACAAGCUCCCAACCUUCCGACUUUGCAGGUCGCACGAUGGGUGAAGCUAGCACAACGGACCGGAGCUGCAGCUCUCUCUUCCUAGGCGCAGACCGGACCCAGGGAUCGGCAGACCGGAGACCACCAGGACAAGAGUCAAAGGACCAAAAAAGGGCCGGCCAUGCGGAGGUUUCGUGGGUCCUCCUCCUUCCCCCACCCGGUGUGGCUUCCUUUCUGAUAUGCCGCAUCUGCACGAAUCCUUGGGGGAUGGAGGCACUCAACUAUGGUGAGUCACCCAACGGGCAGCGACAAGGGGGUUGAAAAUGUUUCGAAACAAAAAGAGGGCUGGGGAAACAUGGGUCUGGAUUGGAUGCGCGCAGGCCAAGGUGCUGUUCUUUUCCACGCACUAGUGGUGGAUGCAUGCACAUGCAGUCUGGGUUCAUGCAGCAGGGAGCCUAGAGCUGCCCCAUUGGCUGUCGCGGUCGCGCCAGAGGAGCACGAGCUCGGCUGGACGUGGGUGGGGUCGCGUCUGGAGACGAGACUUUGUUUUUUCCGUCCAUUGCUCUUCUUAUUGUUAUUACCGUAAUCGUCUUCCGCAACUCGCCGCUCUCCUCUUGAUAACCCCAGCCACAGUCCUAGUUUCAGUUAGGCGAGAGAAGUGCGGCUACAAUUCAGCACCAGCCCAAGGCUGCGGUCAGGAUACGCACCAAUGUGAAAGAAAUGAAGCAAAUAGACUGAAAUAUAGAGUUGACCAAUGAAUAUCAUUUACAUCAAUAUUUGAGCCA